GUUUAUUACUUCCCUUGAUAAAGAUGAAAAUAAAAUACGACUAACAAUACGUAGACGUCUGACAUCAAUAUUUUCCUUGGAUAAUUGGUUAUAAUUGAUGUCUCUGGCGAGAAACACAACACAAAUUAUGAGGAAUAUACGAAUUACAUCAUUUGGUGGCCCCGAGGUUUUAAAAGUAGCUUCUGAUACACCAAUCCCGACUGUAUCCGACUCCGAGGUACUUAUAAAGGUUAAGGCGGCCGGGGUGAACCCUGUAGAUACCUACAUUAGACAAGGAACAUAUGGAGCAUUACCUACAUUACCCUACACACCAGGUCAAGAUGUAGCCGGUAUUGUAGAGAAAGUUGGUAAAGACGUCAAUGAUUUUAAGGUUGGUGAUCGAGUAUUUACAGUAAGAACUGUAUCCGGUGCCUAUGCCGAAUACGCUACAGCUAUUUCACAGUAUAUAGGCAGACUUGGAGAUAAAUUAAGCUUUGAAGAAGGCGCUGGUAUUGGUGUGCCAUAUUAUACAGCCUACAGAGCUCUUAUAAUAAGGGCUGGAGGUAAAGCUGGUGAAAAUGUAUUAAUACAUGGUGCUAGUGGUGCUGUAGGUCUGGCCAGUGUACAGUUAGCUAAGUCAUUAGGUUUAACAGUAAUUGGUACAGCUGGUUCUCAAGAAGGUAGUAAACUAGUCAAAGACAAUGGUGCAGAUUAUGUUUUUAAUCAUAAAGAUUCGGAUUAUACAGAUCAGAUCAUGAAGACAGUCCCCGGUGGAGUAGAUAUUAUUUUAGAAAUGUUGUCGAAUGUUAAUUUAGGAAAAGAUUUAGAAAUUAUCAACCAACAAGGACGUAUUAUAGUAAUAGGUUGUAGAGGUACAGUAGAAAUUAACCCAAGACUUACUAUGAAGAAAGAGUGUAUUGUGACGGGAAUGGCUUUAAUGGGUGCCAAAGAGUCUGAAUGGAAACAAAUGAGACACGCCAUGGAGGCCGGCAUAAAUUACGGCUGGGUCAAACCUCAUAUUGGGCAGACAUUUUCACUGGAAGAGGCGAAUAAAGCUCAUGAUGUAGUUAUCAAUAAUAGUGGUGCUCAAGGGAAAAUCAUUUUGAAAAUAUAAUUAUCGUAUUCAUACAAAUAUAUAUAAGCAUGUCCCAUGUUAAACGAGUUUAAUUUCUGCUUGUAGUAGCAAUAUCAUGUAAACAUUAUUUUCAGCUUGUACUUUUAAACGUCAGCGCUUACAUUUAUUCCCAAAUGACUUAAAAAUAGGCAGGAUAUGUGUUACCCUUCGAGAAUACCAGAAAAUGCCCUUUCUAGGGGUUUAUUUCAGACGGUGGAUCACUUUUUUCAAAUGUCUUCUGCUUGGGGAUUUUGAUAAAUAUAUUUCAAUUUUCUACUUGUGAUUCGAACCUUUCUAAGCACAAAUUAAGUGACAUCUACUUUCUUUUAUGGAAUUCUCCCACGAACGUUCAACGCUCGGUUGUUGUUGUUCAUAACAGAAGGUUUUACGAUUGAUUAAUGUAAAGAUGGUGUAGCAAAUGUGGAUGUAUUCUUCAGUCAUAAUUUUAAUAGUACAAAGCUUGUGCUUGUCUCUUUUUCUGCGAUAUCACCCCUCUGAAUUACCUAAUAUAACUAAAAAAAACUUCAUGGAAGCAAAGCUUUGGAAUUUUGACUUGAACAAUAAAUAUAAUAAAUGAUUAAACAAUUAAAUCAGUUCUCUAUAAUAAUUUUUUUUUCUGGGAGGUUAUUAUUUCUAAUUGGAUAUUAAUGCUACCGUGGUUGUUAAUAGAUUUUAGGAAGUAUUUGCUUCAACAAAUUACAUCCAGUUAAUUCUACAUUUCUAAACCAACUAUUCUGAUACUAGAUUUUUCUCUGCAUAAUAUAUUCAGCAUCAAAAGAUGUACACCUGCCAUACAGCCAGAUUAGCUUAUUUAUUGUGAUAAAAAAUUAACCAUUUCAAACAUACAUUUCUAGAUCUCCAUUCAUUAAAAUGUAGCCAUG